ACUUCCCCUUUUCUAAAAGCUAUGGAAAAGUUGCUCUUACUUAAUCUUCAACCUUCACUUAAAGCCUUUAACGAUCCCAAACAAUUCGCCUACAAACAUAGUAGAAGUACUUUGGACGCAGCUGCAGUCCUGUAUCAUAACAUUGUCUCCAGCUUAGACAAGGGGGCUAAAUUUGUUCGCUGCACCUUUCUAGAUUAUACAUCUGCUUUCGACUCAGUACCUAGGGACAUUUUACUAAACAAGCUUGCUGAAACUCAAACUGACUGUUGGGUUGUCAAAUGGCUCCAUUCUUAUUUCUCAGAAAGAAAGCAAUACACUGUAUGUCAGGGAAAGUCGUCCACUUCAUUGCUUACUGAGGCUGGUGUCCCUCAAGGCGCUGUCCUUUCUCCUUUUCUGUUUUCUUUCUUCUUGCAUGACUUGCCUCACUCCGAUGAAAUGAACUUUGUUAAGUAUGCCGAUGAUCUAACUAUUUCAAUGUCUGUUAACUCUCAACUUGACUGUAUUAAGAUUAACAACUUUCUAUCAGAAAUUAGCAAAUGGUCUUCGUCUAACGGCCUUAAACUUAAUCCUUCCAAAUGUCAGACUGUUAAUUUCAGUUUCCGAUGUAAACGAAAGUUAAAUGAAGCCGUUGGUUCCUAUGACCCUUGCAAAAUCGAUGAUACUGAUAUAGAAAGCAAGUCUGAAGUUAAGUAUCUUGGAUUAGUUCUCUCUUCUGACCUAUCUUGGUCUUCUCAUGUCUUAGCGAUUUCUAAGAGAAUAUUUCGUUUGACUUUUUACAUUAAAAAGUUAAGGCACUUGGGCAUAACUCAACCACUCCUCUUACAGUUUAUCAACUCGUGUAUUUUACCUAUUCUUCUUUACUGUUCACCAUUAUUCUUUCCUGGAUUGCUAAAAAAGGACUAUGUCAUACUUCGUAGAACUCUGAAGACUGUCAGUAGGAUGAGUGGUAUCCCAUUGGGCCAUAUCGUUGGCAUUGUCACCGAUAGGCAUUUGAUGUCAUGCAACAGAUUCGCUAGAGGAAUUUUGUCAGACUCUGAGCACCCACUCUACCAGCAGCUCCAACCUUGUGUCUCCUCAGGUAAAACAAGAAGUCUUUUCAGAAGACUUUAUGCACGUACGUCUAAGUAUAAAAAUUCCACUAUACCAUAUUUAGCACGUACUUUAUGUGAUGAAAAUAGUGUCAGAAAUGAACUAACUAACCUUCUUAGCACCACUAAAUAGACCAUUUCCUUCAACCUUAAAGCAUCAUACUUUAUUGUUAUUGUAUUUCUUAUAUUUAUAAUCCUCUCAAUUUUUUCGUUUUGUUUAUUUUAUUUUUCAUAAGUGUGGACAUAAUUUUAAGCUGUAUUAUGACUGUUAACUUUGUAUUUCACCUCACUAUACCAUAUCAACAGAACAUUAGACCCAAUUAUCCAUAACAUGCUAAAGUUUCCAAACUGAAUCGACAAUACCGUUUGAAACAAACUCACUGUUAUUAGUAUUUAUUAUUAUUAUAUCU